AUGUGUGACAACAAGGAUGAGAUGGAAGAAAAGGAAAAAGAAAGAAAAGCAAUGGUUCACACAAAAGGUGAUUGGAGAAGAAAGCGCAAACUCAAACAAAACCCGAAUCCAAAUCCAAAUCCAAAGACCCUUUUUCUUCCUGAAUCCAAAGCUUCCACCUUUGCAAGCUUUCUCCAAGUGGGUCAUAAAAGAAUUAGAAAAAGAAGAAGAAAUGUUGCAGUUGUUCUUCACAGUGGCUUUCUCCACAGUUCCUCUGACCCUUUAUGUGCCACCGAUCAGAAGCUUGAAUUUGUUUGUGGAAGCUUGAUUUUUCUUGGACCCUUUUUUGUGGUUCUUGAUUUUUUUGUGCUGCAAUAUUUCUCCUUUUUUUUUCUUUUCUUUUUCUUGGUCAUCAUCACCGCCCACGAGGUCCUCCUCCUCAACUCACGUGACCCCUCCGUCACCCCCUUCGUCCAAGAGCUCCAGGCCAGGAUCCUCCGCCACCACCAGGCCUUCUCUUCCAAACAUCACGACCACCACACCGACUCCGACCCCGACCACGACCACGUCCCCGAUGCCAUCAAGAUUCUCCCUUUCGAAUUCGUGGCCCUGGAGGCCUGCCUUGAAGCCGCCUGUAGCGUAUUGGAGAACGAGAUCCGUGCUUCCCUCUUCUCUUCUUUUCAUUUCUUGCCGACAAUUUCCCUCUGUCUUUACCCUAAAUCUCUCUCUGAUGACUCACAGGCAAAGACGUUGGAGCAGGAGGCUCAUCCCGCCUUGGACAAGCUCACAUUCAAGAUCAGUACUCUCAAUUUGGAACGCGUUCGUCAAAUUAAGAACCGAUUGGUCGCCAUCACUGCCCGUGUUCAGAAGGUGAGGGAUGAAUUGGAGCACUUGCUGGAUGACGACGAUGAUAUGGCUGAGAUGUAUCUGACGGAUAAGUUAGCCGAACAGUAG